AUGUUUGUAGGUUCCUGCUCGUUAGACUUCAAGAAAUUCCCCUACCAGCCUACCGGCGAGUGCCUGGGAUAUCAGGAGAAGGUUCAGGUUUUGGGUAGCGUCGGCACGACACUUUGCUGUAGAAACGUGCUCAAUGUCCUGACCAAAACUUUAGCAUCGCAUGUAGUCACCAACAACAGUGAUUUUGUUUUCAUUCCACAGGAUGAAUGGAUGAACUGCAGUGGACCCUUUAAUAAACAACAUUCGGUUUCGCCAUCUUUAUGUGGCUUUGAUAAUCUCUACAAUGGAAGUAGCAAAUGCUCAAGUUUUUCCUUGUCAUCGAUUAAGGAGGAAUCAUAUUACAAGAAAGCCGUGGCAAAGUGCUCCGAUUUUAGCUCUUCUUUUGAUGAUGUCUGCUUUAAUUGCACCGCAGAAAUACUGGCUGCAACGGGAGGUCUAAUGGGAAAAUUAACUGCAGACAACGAUGAAGGGGCAGUAUGUGUGGUGGCAACUGUGAUUUAUAUUGCUGCUGCAAACAUUAAUCAAUCAUCUUUCAUUGAUGAUUUCUACAGGUGUUUACCGGCCUUAGAUGCAUACGAUGUGGGUUAUCACAAAAUCAAGCAUGGUACGGUGAAGGCAAUAUUUGCAAUCUUUAUGGCGAUUGGGGCAUUGACGCUGGUGGUUCUUCUUACAUUGUAUGUGACCAAGAGCAGGAGAAAGAGUAAGUGUCGUAAACCUUAUGCUCAAUCUAAAGAGAUGAAGGCAUGGUCCGGUCUCUACAGAUUCUCCAAGGCUGAGAUUGAGAAUGCCAUAAACUACGGGAAUGAGAAAAAAAGCCUGGGAAGAGGAAGUGCUGGCCAAGUUUACAAGGGUGUUUUGCCUAGUGGACAAGUUGUGGCCAUCAAGCACAUACAUCAAAGCAGCACAUCCGAUUCUUUCCAACGCGAAGUUGAAGGUCUUUCCAGAGUUAGGCAUCCAAAUCUUGUUUGUCUUUUUGGUUGCUGCAUUGAAGGAGGUGACCGAUAUCUGGUCUAUGAAUAUUGUUCAGCUGGGAAUUUAGCUCAACAUCUCCUGAGAAAGGACACUGUUUUAACAUGGGAAACAAGAAUUAAGAUCCUUAGAGGCUGUGCACUUGGGCUGAGAUACCUCCAUCAUUAUAUAGAUGGCUGUAUUGUUCAUAGAGAUAUCAAGCUUACAAACAUUCUUUUGACAGAGAGUUUAGACCCGAAACUCUCUGAUUUUGGGCUGGCGAAGAUGUUGGGAAUGGAAGAGAGCAAGGUAUUUACUGAUGUUAGAGGAACCAUAGGUUAUAUGGACCCUGAAUACAUGAGCAAUGCCAAGCUAACCUGUGCCAGUGACAUCUAUAGUUUUGGCAUAGUCAUUCUUCAACUCUUGUCAGGGCAAAAAGUCAUUGAAUUGGAUCUUGAUGCCAGAGACCAACUCACCAGAAAGGCAAGGGAUGUCAGUUUGGGAAAGCGUCCAGUAACAGAUUUUGAAGAUCCAAGGUUAGAUGGGAAGGUCAACAGGGCAGAUUUUGAGGCUCUCUUGCAGAUUGCAGUCUUGUGUGUUGCAAAAUCAAGCAAAGGGCGUCCGACCAUUGAUGUUCUCUUUGAAGAGAUGGAAAAAGCUUGGAAAAAUACAGUCAUUUACAUGAGUGCAAGGCAGGAAACGAGCAUAUCCAUGUCCAUGUCCAGGUCCAUGGAGGCGAUUCCAGUCUAA